AUGGGAAAACUUGCUUCCUUUGUUUUCAUUCUCUUCCUUCACUACUUUAUGGCCUCCUUGGCAUGGAGCGAGGGGAAUUCCACCGUCGACAAAUCUGCACUCCUUGUUUUUAAGGCAUCUAUUGUGGAUCCAUACAAUCUCUUAGCCAACUGGUCUGACUCUUCUUCUUCUCCAUGUGACUGGGUUGGUGUUGGAUGCAAUACACGUCACAGAAGGGUUCAUUCCUUAAAACUUAGUGAUGCGGGUCUUAAAGGCAUCAUAUCUCCACAGCUAGCAAAUCUGUCAUUCCUUGUUGAACUUGAUCUAAGUAUCAAUGAUUUUUACGGUGAGAUACCAAAAGAGUGGGUACAAUUGUGUAGGUUGAAAGUGCUCAACUUGAGCUACGAUGACUUUCAUGGGCAAAUUCCAACAUGGAUAGGAGAUUUAUCUAUGCUUGAGUACCUGAGUUUUCGAAAUAAUAGUCUUAUUGGAUUUAUUCCAUCAUCUCUAUUCAAUUUAUCAAGGUUGGAGAUCCUGGAUUGGAAUUCUAACUUCAUUCAAGGAAGCAUUCCGCUUGAGAUAGGAAGUUUGAAGCACUUGAAGAUGUUACAAAUUGCAGGGAACAAGCUUUCUCAAACUAUUCCACCAACAAUUUUCAAUUUAUCUUCACUUCAAAAAUUGAAUUUAUCUCAUAAUACUCUGUCAGGUACUAUACCAUCUUUAUUAUUUAAUAAUUCAGAGCUGCAAGAAUUGUCACUCUCCCAAAAUCAAUUAUAUGGCGGUCUCCCAACCAAUGUGUGUUUUGGGCUCCCAAGACUUGAAUUUUUCUCUGUGGGUGGAAACGAUCUCUCCGGUGAAAUGCCCUCUAGUUGGCAUCAAUGCAAAGAACUGAAAGCUUUGGAAUUAGAUUUUAACAGAUUCAACGGAGGAUACAUACCAAGCGACAUUGCAAAUUUACCCAAUCUUCAAGUUUUGGUUCUCUCGAACAACAACUUGGAAGGAGAAAUUCCAUCAUCUCUCUUCAGCAAUUCUUCUUUAAGAAUAUUACAUUUAAGACGAAACGGUUUAAAUGGGAGUAUACCAACUCUUGGGAAUCAGACAAUGCUGGAAACUUUAGCUCUAAGUAACAACUCCUUUUCAGGUGAAAUUCCUCAAUCUAUCUACAACACACCUUCUUUGAGAUGGGUUGACUUUGCCUAUAACUAUUUAAAGGGUAAUUUGCCAGAAGAGAUGUGCUAUAAACUCCCUUUACUUGAAGUUUUUUCAGUUGCUCUUAAUCAAUUUACGGGAAGUAUUCCAAAAUCAAUAAGUAACUGCACAUAUUUGCGAGGCUUAUUUUUGAAUCAGAACUCAUUUUCAGUGUUCGUGUAA